UCCUCAAACAAUGGAUUGUGCUGUUUGAUUUUGGGGGGUAGGAUUCAAGCAGUGGAGCUGAACUACACUGAGCUCAGGUUCCUUCUACAAUCAUUUCUCUUGCUCCAUUGGAUCACUUACGACUUUGCCCACUGUUUUGCCCACACUACAUGUCCUUGUCCCUCCCCUGAGAUGUAUACAGGACCAAUGGACAAUAGAAAGAGACCAACCAGUUCUUCCAGUUUGGUCUGUUGUUCCUCAUUUGCACGGCAACCAGCGAGGGUCCUAAUUGUGGAGGCAUUGCCGCCCUGUUGGUCUGACACUUGCUCUGUGGUUUGUGAUGCCCUGGAUAACUUCCUGUCGCUGGCCUGUAGUCUGGAUGGACCCUGCAGGAUUCCCCUGCUGAGCCUAUAUGCCAUCAGCAGGCAGCAGGAGUGUCUUCUGCCAUUUGUGCGGGUCCAUGGCAAUUUACCCAGACUGCAUUCCUGUGUGGAGGAGCUACGGUCUAUUCCAGGUGAAGGUUGCAUCAAAAGCACAGCCAAAGGAUGUGAUCUACUGCGACAGGCGGUGCUGGACAGUCUGCAGCAGUUUAAGCAGUAUAUCAGACACACCAGCCCUGGCAACCAGGCCUACAGCAAUGCGUUUGUGGAGGUUACCGUGGUAACCAGCCAGCCAGGACACAGCGUUGUUCAUCAGUUGGAAAGCGGGCUCAAAGAUGCUGACCUGGUGUCCCUGAGGAGGCUUCUGGUUGUUCAGAUCAUCAGAGCGAGUGACUGGGGCCAGGAGCCCCACUCACCUGAAACCACAACCACUGAAGAUUCACUGAUGUUAGGGACUGAGGUGGACCUGCAGCAGGUGGAGGACAGCGUGUUUGCCAUGGAGACCAUUUUAAAGAUGUGGCUUCAGGAGCAGGGAGGUGACAAAGAGCAUCUCCACCUACUGCUUCCUGGCACCACUAAUAAUCCAGUUCCAGUUUGUGUGAAAUGUGACAUGCUGGAGCGUCUGAUAAGCCCCGCCCUCAUCCCACUUACCACCAGCCUGGGAGUGAAGACCGAAAGCAUCCAAGACUUCCUGCCUGCGGUCCGAGGCCCUGGCAAUCAAAGCCCGACUCCACAGAGUCUGAGAGCUGUCAAGGUGCUGCAUGCAGACGGAGUGUGUGAGAGUGUGCUGUACGGGCUGCCGCUGGUGAUCCGACCCACAAUCUCCUGGCAGCUGGACUGGGACGAGAUGGAGGCCAACAACAGCCUGUUUCAUGCUCUCUGCCAGACCCUCAGGAGUCAAGACUUGUUCCUCUUGCUGAAGGCGGAACCUGAUAAAAGGUCCAUAGCCGGAGGCUCAGGUGUAUAUUCCCACUACAUCCUCCAGCCGUCUCCAUAUUUCUCCCUCCUCCUUAAACCCGUCGCCUCCAGAGAGCUGCUGCUGCCUUGCUCACUGCCCGGCUCAAACCAGGACUCAACACCUGAUUCCCUGCAGACUAUACAGAGUUGUCUCUCUCAGCUUGAUAAGGAGUUUGUGUUGAACCCUCUCUUACUGAGCAGUAACCUCUACCAGCAGCUCAGGAGCAGAGGUCUCUCACAGCCACGAUACCCCUACAGGCUGCAGUCGACAGCCACCCACAGAGAGCAGCCUCUGGCAGCAGAAAGCAGCAGGAACGCAGUCAGCCGUCAGCACCGACAGCCUCCAAACCGCCAGCUUGGAUCCAGUAGCAGGGUCAGGGCCACUGUGGCUCCUCUGCCCUCCUCCUCCUCCCCGGUACCCCCUCCCUCGAAGGUCUCCCGCCCUGCUCUCAACUUCCUCAGCAGAAACCGCCAGGCCCCUACCCCUCCUCUGCAGGAAGAAGACAGCGACACGAAUGACUGUAUGAAUUUAAAUUAUCUUGGACUUUGGCCUUCAGAGGUAGUCUGCGGCGACGACAUCAUAAAAUGGAUGGCACCAAGACAACGAGAAGCAGCUUCGCUUCGAAGUCAAGUGUUUUUCUUUGAGGUUGGAAGAGCACAACUAAUUUUUCAAUACUCAUACUUGUACUCGUCGUCUCCCAGUUUAUCCGGAACUGGGUCGCGUGGGCAGCAGACUAAGCAGAGACUCCCAGACUUCCCUCUCCGCUGACACCUCCUCCAGCUCUGUUGGGGGAAGCCCUAGGCGCUCCCAGGCCAGCUAAGAGACAUAGUCUCUUCAGCGUG